AUGGUGGGUGGAAACAAAUCCUCAAUAACCGAUUUCAUCCUUGUGGGACUCUUUCCUGAAUUUCAGCAUUCUAUUGUCCUCAACUUUAUGAUCAUCUUUGUCUACAUUCUUGCCUUCCUGGGAAACAUACUUUUGAUUGUCUUAAUUUGGGGAGACUCUCGACUUCAUACGCCCAUGUACAUUCUCCUCAGUCAACUCUCCCUCAUUGACUUGACAUUAACUUCCACCAUUGUUCCAAAGAUGGCUUCUAACUAUUUUACUGGGAAAAGAACCAUAUCAUGGAUUGGCUGUGGAACACAGAGUUUCUUCUUCCUGAUGUUGGGAAUGUCAGAAUGCCUCAUCUUGACUCUCAUGGCUUAUGACCGCUAUGUGGCUGUCUGCAACCCAUUGCGUUAUCCCAUUAUUAUGAGCCCCAGGUUCUGUAUGCACAUGGUUUUAGGUUGUUGGAUUGGAGGCUCUAUAAGUUCAUUUAUCCAUACAGUGUACCCUAUGCAUUUUCCUAUCUGUGGGUCACGGGAGAUCCACCACUUCUUCUGUGAGGUCCCAGUCCUCAUUAAGCUCUCCUGUGAAGACACUUCAGUGUACCAGUUAGUGGUGGUGGUGACAAGCAUUGUGUUGCUUGUUGUACCUUUCAGUCUCAUCACAGUUUCCUAUACUCUCAUCUUCCUCACUGUCUUCCGUAUGAACUCUGUCAAAGGCAGGAAAAAAACUCUGGCCACUUGUUCUUCCCAUCUAACUGUGGUGAGUCUCUUCUUUGGCCCAAACAUAUUUAUCUAUAUGACUUUCACUUCCUCCCAUAGUGCAGAGCAGGACCAAGCUCUUUCUGUGUUCAGCAAUAUCCUAACCCCCAUGUUGAACCCCCUCAUCUACAGCCUGAGGAACAAGGAAGUGGUGGCAGCUCUCAGGAAGUUUAUGGGAAAAUGUGUGACAUUUUAGUGCUUGAAUACUGCUCCCCAGCUGUGAAAAGGAUAUAUGUAUAGCAUGGGAAAAGAUACAGUUGAAAACCAAUUUGAAAUACUGUUGCAGGAGUAUGGACAGAGAGGCAAAAGAUGAGUCCACAAAGUGCGGUUAAGUGAAGGUCC